AUGACCACGAUCAGCGUCUCUGAUGCAUUUUCGUUUUUCCACAGGGCCCACACAUCACACGUGGCAAACAUCCAUGUCCCACGCUGCACAUCUCUCCCAACUAUCGAAAUUCGUAAAACGAAACGAAACCAUAGCAUUUGGUGUGAAUCCACAGACCACAGGAAAUGUGAAGAAACAAUGGAGAAGAAAAUUAACGGCUGCGAUGGCGCUAAUGAUUCCGGCGAGAUGAGCCCUAAGUCACCGGCGCUUAAUGCUCGUGAUAAGGCUUCUGAUGACAGUUUCUAUAGAAAGCUAAGCAAGUUGCACGAAUCGUCAGGGCUGAGUCGAGUCUUUAAUUUUCGAGAAGCCAACUUGGAUUUGCAUCUUCUUUACAAAGAAGUGACUCAAAGAGGAGGGUUUCAUCAGGUUACAAAAUAUGGGAAAUGGUAUGAAGUUGCAUCUAUCUUGAACUUGCAAUGCAGUGUCUCAAUGCGACCAAUAGAACUUCAAACAGUUUAUGAAAAUCUCCUGUACCAAUUUGAGCAAAUGUACCAUUAUAGGGUGCCUAAAGAAGCAAACACAAGGCCAGAUAAAACUUCUCUAGGUCGUUCGAGUUAUGGGGACAGCCUGAGCUGCGUGACGGGAAAGCGGAAGUAUUGUGAUAGCUCGUCCUCUUUGUCAACUGUUUGUUCUUGUGAUCUGGAGGGUCCAGCAGAGAAAAAGAAGAUCAACAAUCAUUCUUACCAAGUUUCUGCAGUGGAUCAGAUACAAGCCAUGCUGUCGACUGCAGAUAAGGAAUUGAUAAAGGAAGCUGAUGCUCCCCUAAAACCAAGGACCGGAUACCAGAUCUUCCUUAGGAUAGCAUGUCAUGGAUUAAAGGAAAUUUAUGGAGAGAACUCCAGCAGCCAGAAUAUUCGGGACAUGGCAAUUGAGGCAUGGAGGCAUCUCUCUGAGGAAGACAAACUGCCAUACAUAGAUGCACAUAAGAUGGACAGAGAGAGAUAUAAUAGAGAAUUAGCUACUUAUGAGCGUGCACUGAACUCCUCUUCAUCUUCAGAAAUACACAAUGACUAUUUCGUGUCUUUGCAACCUGAACAUGAGAACGUCCUUUCGCACGAUAAGUCCUCGGUUGAAUUGGCGAAUCAGAUGUUGAAGAAUGCUCAAUCCAAUGACCCUAUAUUGCAGACGUAUUGGGAUGAAUUCUACGGCUCCCUGGAUUAG